UUUCAUGUAUCAUACGCACUACCUAACAUAUUUAUAAAAGCUUGAUUCUUGAUUCUUUAAUUGAAAUUUGUAAGUUCAGUUCCAAGUUAGUGCACAACAUAGUACUCAGUUUAUGAAUACAAACGCUGUAUCUUAAUUUUCAAAAUCUUGGUUUAUUAUUAUAAAGACGUAAACAGUGGCUACUGCAUCUUAAUCGUGUAGCACGGUACGUUACUGUGUGAAAGCCGUAUAGCUAAGGAUUUUCACUCAUGGCGGAUAUCUCAGAAAUGACAACCUACAAUGAUCCAGCACAAGCGAUAUCCCAAGGGAAAAGACACCUUCUAGUACGAGACUACAGUAUGGCUGUGACAGCUUUGGCUCAAGGCUGUGGUAUGCUUGCAGUUCAACAUGGUGAGAUAUCUGAUGAACUUGGUGAGCCCUACCUUUUUUAUGGACGUUCACUCCUUUGUCUAUCACGUGAGGAAGCUGGAGUCUUAGGAGCAGGGGUGCCUGGUACUGAUGAUACUGAAGAGGAAGAAGGUGAAGAAGAAGGCGAAGAAGAUGAGUCUAGCGAAAAGGACAAAGAAGACAAUGAAGAACAAAAACUCACUGAAGGAACUACCUCAAAGUUGAACUCUGAUGAGAAGCACGAAAAUCGCACAGUUGAGCAGAUGCCAAGCUCUUCUUCAGCAGUUACAUUGAAUAAUAUUGCAGAAUCAUCAUCGUCGUUAUCCAAUUCCAAGAAUUAUAUUGCAGGCUCCAGUAAAAUAUUAAAUGGUAAAGCUUCAACAUCAACUCAUAAUGGAGACUCACUCGAGAACGGUGAUGAUGAUGCAGAUGAAGAUGAGAAUGAUGAGGAUGAUGAUUCAAGCAGUAACUUACAGCUUGCUUGGGAAGUACUAGAACUGGCUAAAAUAAUAUUACUUAAGCGGGGACCAUCUGGAUGGAAGCACUUAGCAGAAGCUCAUAGACUUCUAGGUGAAGUGGCAAUGGAAAGUGGAAAUCAACCUGGAGCUUUAGCAGACUUAUAUGCUUGUCUUGAUUUGCUUCAUCGAAUUGAAUCAGUAGAUCCAAGAAGUAUGGCAGAAACACAUUAUCAAUUAGGUCUUGCAUACUCCCUGGGUAAUGAAUUCGACGCGAGUAUUGAGCAGUUCAAGAAAGCAACAAGCUUACUAGAGUCUCGUAUCCAAGAUUUAGAGAUGAUGACGGAUUCCCCGAAGUCCGACGAUCCAUUUUAUACGAUCGAGGGUGAAAUCAAAGAACUGAAAGAGCUUCUUCCAGAAAUCCAAGAUAAGAUUACGGAUAUGCGUGAUUUCAAACAACAGGCGUGCAAACUGUUGAUUCAGGGUAUAAAGAACCAAGUAGCUAGUGGUAGCUGUUCAAACGGUGCUGGACCCAGUGGCGAGUGCGGUCCAUCCUCAUCAUCAUCGACGAGCACUUCGGCUGUAUCUCGAGAAGUUAAGCCCGCAAGUGACAUCUCACAUCUUGUGCGUAAAAAAAGAAAAACCGAGGACGAGGAGGCAGAUGUCACGCUUUGUAAAAAGCCCACUCCCGAGAAAUCUGCGUAAAGGAGACUCAAUAUAUCAAAAAACUAUUCUUAUCGUUUUCCUUUGUUUUGAUCGAUCAUUAAGCCUUUCUACGAUUUUAUGUGGAAUGCUUUUUAAAUUUGUAUUGAUUUUCAAACUGAUUGGUGAAUGCAUAACAUAGAAUUAGAACAAUUUCUUAAA